AGAAGCUUGUGAGAAGCUGAAGAGCAUGGAGAGCUGCAGAGUGUGCGUGAUGGUGUGCGCCGUGCUGCUCUCCUGCGCCUUUGGAGACCAAAUUUACCAACUGGAUGACGAGGAGGUGGCGGACUUGGACAGAAGAGCCUUGAGGAACUUCUACAGUAAAGAGCCUAAUUUAACCAGCCAGAAAGAGCUUCUUGGGGCUCUGCAUGAUGUUUUGGAAAAGCUGCAGAGCAAACGGAUCUCACUUUGGGAAAAGAAGUUCAGCCGAGUUCCCACGUGUGGGGUCGGGCAGCAGUGUGCCGUGCGGAAAGGUUCACGGAUCGGCAGAAUGUGCGACUGUCCGUCCGGAGCGUCGUGCAACACCUACCUGCUUAAGUGCUUAUAAUCAUUUCAUCACGUCUACUUUGGAAACAAAUCCAUUGAGUUAUAAUCGAUUUUAUUUUCGAGUUUGUGAUGUACAUAUGCACAUUUUGUCUCCAGGCGGCCUGUUGGCAUUGUUUUGAAGAAGCACAAUAUCAGUUAAUUUAUUAAUUUAUUGCAUAAAAAUAUAAUAAAGUUAUUUAUGUGGGA